AUGUUGAGGAGACAUAACGCGAGUGUGGAACUAUUACCCCACGAUGUGGUCGAGCUCAUCCUCGAGAGGCUUCCCGUGGAUUCUCUGCUUAGAUUCAAGUCUGUAUCCAAGAAGUGGAAAUCGACAACUGAUUCUGGACGUUUCCAACAAGGUCAAUUUCUCCGUCGUAGGCAAUCACGAGGUCCUGAUGUUCUUUGCCUGCCCCUCAGUGAUGAUGAGGACACAGAUGCUACAAGAUUUGCGUUUGGUUCAUCAAAAGCUUCUACGGUCUGGUUCCCAGUUUCUCGAAAGUUGUUCUGCUACGGUAGUUGUGACGGUCUAUUAUGCCUCUGCUCUCUAUACGAACAAAGUGCCAGCGUUGUGGUGAAUCCCGCCACUAGAUGGCAUCGAAGCUUUCCUCUUUCCAACGUUCAACACCUCAUCAUCGAGAAAAAUAAUAAAAGCGAGGUUGCCUAUCCGCUUCCUCGGCUUGGAUUCGGUAAAGACAAAGUAACAGGCACGUAUAAGCCGGUUUAUUUAUAUAAUUCAUUUGAAUUUAAACUAGACAACGUUACAACUUGUGAAGUUUUCGAUUUUCGCACCAAUGCAUGGAGGUACGUUGUCCCCUCUUCUCCUUAUCGGAUUCUUGGUCACUAUGAACCCGUGUAUUUAGAUGGAUCACUUUACUAUCUCACCAAAGAAGAAACCGAGGUAUUACCUUUCAGUUUUCCCGCUGAAACUUCUUUUGAAGUCAAGUUAUUAUCUUUGGAUCUUCACACCGAGACGUUUCAAGUCAUCUGCAAAGCUCCCUUUGUCCAACCUCAUUCAUCUGACCUUUACAGCAUCACCAUGUGCAUCCUCGACGAUCGUUUGUGCGUGUCCGAGAAAAACUGGCCCAACCAAGAGAUAUGGUCGUUCGAUGGCGCCAACAAGACAUGGACGGUAAUGUGUUCCAUAGAUCUUACCGAAAGUGUUUCUUUGUUUGAGGAAAGAAGCUUUGCGCGUUCAUCAAUCGCGCAGCCAUCAAUAGCAUUGGUGGAUAAGAACAAGUUAUUGCUUCGUGGUAAUGAUUACUUCCAUACACUGUUUAUAUAUGAUCUUCAUACCAAAUCUUUUGAUUUACUCUUCAAACCUCCUAAACCCGUAGGUCCUGUUUAUUAUUUCGAAAGUUUAUUCCAUGUCUAGUCAUAUUCCUUAUUGAAUCAUUCUACUUUAACAUUUUAAUUUACUUC